AUGAACGAGAAUGAGAGCCCGUCAGAGCUGGAUUACCCAAUCCCCCUCGAACGCCCAGUUCCGAAACCCAGGAAGAAGCUCCCGCCUCGAACUUCGGAUGACUCUGACUCGAGCACCAGCACCUUGAUAGCCCCAACACCUCCCCCUCGACCUCCUCCACCUCGUCCUCGGGCUCGGGAGGCCCCGAAGCUUUUUCCACGCAGUCCUCACUACAUUCCGGACCCGAACAAGAUGCCCUCGCCUACUCCGCAGCUACCACCAAGGCCGCCACCACCAGCCAUUAUGCGGCCAACAUUGCCAAGUAUGGACGAUCCGAACCAUGCCUUACCCUAUCCACUAACCGAUCGGCUUCCGGUAGCUCCAAAUGGCCCUCCAGAAAUCGGUUGGUUCCAGAUCCCAACCGGCCCCCUCGAGGCUCCUCCACCACCUCAAACAUCACAAGAUCCAAUGCAACCAUUGCCCACAAUCCCUCAAGGCGCCGCAUUCCGCGAACCCGUACCGAUGAAAUCGGCCGAGUUUGGUUCGGAAAGCUUUGUCCCCGAUCGCCCCGCUCUCCCGAAUUACUUUGAUCCCCCGCAACCACAAGUCAUCACACCCCCCGAUCCGGUGGUACAACAGCCGACGCCUUCUGACCUCGAAUUGCUCGGCCAAUUCUCAAUGUUCCACACGGAAUACGUUGAUGCUGCCAGUGAAAUCAUUGACGUCGUCGAGAAUCCGAUAUAUCUGAAGCUGAGCGAAUUCCGACCAAGGCGAUAUUGUGAUGAUGAUACGAUUUAUGCAACGAUUAAAAAGCGCCCUGACAAUUUGCCAAAUUUGCUGUACGUUGGUUUUGGGCCGGAGCAGAUUCAGAAAACGAUGGAUCGGUCACCCCUCCCCGCGUCACCAGUUGCUCGCCCGAACUCUAUUAGCCUCCAAGAUACGACUCGCCAAGAAUCCGUCGAAAGUUCCGGCGAAAAAACACCGACACCCUCAAAACCACCGCGAACUUUCGCCGCCGAGGCUGCCUGGCCGUCAAAACAAUGGAGGGAAAGCAAGUCGAUGUCGUGCUCGGAUGAGGACGCGACUCCGAUCGCGAGCCACGCUUUCUUUCCCGACAAUUUGGCCACAAUUUCGGCCGCUGACAGCACGACGAACAUUUUUGGGGCUGAUGAGGUGGAGGAGAUGGAUUAUAAUGGCGGAAUGAUUGGUUGUUCUCUAGUCACAGUUGACACGCCACUGCCUGCAGACGAGGAACUUGCCAACAUCGAGACUGCCAUGGUCAUCGAUAAAACAAAUGACGACUCGCCUGAGUCAUCGUUGUACUUUUCUGGACUGGCCGACUACUAUCCCCUUAAAAAGGAUAAAAUCGCAUCUUAUGUCAAUCUAUCUGGGAAUAGUAUCGUUGUGUAUUCACAUGAAGAUCAUACUCAAAUCCUUGCCGGCCCUUUCGACCUGAUUCAUGCAGAAUUUAUUGGUUGCAAUGAGCAAACUGACCAGAUUAUUUGCCGAUUUAUGCGGGAGGAUGAGCCGAACGAGUCGCGAAAGUCGGCUAAAGAAUCGAGGAAAUGGGCCAAGGAUCGGGCCAAUAUGAGGGAGCUUCGGUUUUGUCCGCAGGGACAGAGGGAUGAUUGGCUGCAGAAGUUGGUUGAGAGCUGGUUCGCCGCCUCGUUCGUAAUCCGUGGAGAUCAGAAGCUGACCGGAAUGCUGGCCUGUGGUCGCGUAUGGCUCCGAAGAUUUGUGAGCGGGAGCUGGACCUCAGGAAUUGUGCUGCUGAAGAAGAACAAGCUCAGCUACUUGCCAGCACGGGCUGAAGAAUGGAUCGAUAUUGACAUCAGAAUGGUGGUGGCGAUGAAGGAAAAUUUGGAUGCUUCGGAAUGGUGUCCCAGGAUAUGGACAAAAGAAAAGGAGCGCGAGAAGGGGCCUGGGCCAUUUUUGGUGGCUUUUGAGAAUCAUUCCUUGUAUAUCGAAUGCGAUGAUGGCGAUGCUACAACAUUAUGGAGAAAAACGAUUGUUUCGGCACUUACCGUAAACCAGCUGGACCUGGAGCAAUGCCGAUUGACGCAUGACAGCGUGCCCGUCCAUAUUGAUAAGUGCAUCCGCUUCAUUGCUGUUUACGGCCUUGACCAAGAGGGGUUGUAUCGUAAGAACGGGAGAGUAGCGGAGGCGAAGAAAAUUAGGGAAUCGCUGCUGCAAGAACCUCGCGAUUUCCAAAUCACAAAGCUAACCGAAGAAACGAUUUUCGCGGUCUGCGACGUGAUGUCUGAACGGAAUAAGGCGAAGAUUGAGAAUGUGGCAAAGAUCUUCGGCCCUACACUAUUUACUGUCGAAUCGUAUGCGGAUCGCUAUGGGCAUGGAAAUUCGUUGAACAACCAGCGGCCCACUUGGGUUUGUUACCUGGAGCAGGACCCACUGUACGAAACGCCUAUUGGUGUGACGGCUGAUAUGAUCCUAUGCUACAGCUCAAUAUUUCCGGAUCUCAGCGGCUUACCGGUUAAUAUGGGACAGAUCGCUGAAGCGGAAAUGAAAUCACGGCUUGCCAAGCAAAGAGUUGAUGGUCUCCUAGUCCCGGUUCAUCUUUGGGAGCGUGAUAACAGAGCUUUUAACGUCAAUAGUAAGCUCGUAGCCGAAGAAGUCUGCGAGGAAGCUAGAAGACUUCAUGGCUUCAACGCUCCGUUAUCUGGGAAAUAUGCUGUAUAUGAGAUGAUUAUGAAUGGCGCCUUGCAACGCCGCCUCUCAGAUAACGAAAAACUUGAUGAUAUCGUCGUUAACCGCUGGGUCCAAUGGAGAUGCAGCGAUGCCUAUCUUCUACUCGACCAUUUUUCUGACCAAUCUAUGACCCCAAACAGUUUCUCCGGGAAGGUGAAGGUGGCCGAGCCCGGGUCAAAAAGCUACAAGACUGUUGAGCUAGCGUUGGAGGAGGGGACGAAGGUAAAAAUGUACAAAAACAACAAGUUGGUGCAGACAUGGUGCGUUGAUUCGACGCUCUGGUUUGUGGGUGCGAAUCCGAGCCGAAAGUUCCCUCAUGCUCACUGCUUAACCUGCUUCGUCGACCUCCACUCCCCAAUCAGCGACAAAUCCGGCUGGGUCUUCUCCUGGGCCAAUAUCAUCGACCGGAACCACUUCCACAAUGCCAUUGUUAGGGCCCAAACUAGGGGCGAGUGCCCGGUGCUGCUUAGACUG